AUGCUCGCCACCAUGGAGAAGCCAGCACCAAAGGACUUAUCGUAUCACUAUUCCAGGGUGACAAAGCAUCGCAAUGCCAGUCUCGUGAAGAAGUUCUACCAGUACAUGUUCAUCCCUGGGAUGGGCAAUCUCGCGGGAGGUUUGCCCAAUGCUGGAUAUUUUCCAUAUGACACAUUGGAGGCCGUCACUGCAACACCAGAUCGGUUCAAGCCGACUCCCAAUGUACCAGUCGAUCCUCCCACAGCAGACAUGGCAAAGACAAGUCUCUCCGACGCCCCAACCGCAUCUCGGGUUCUUGUUCCACACGAGUCCGCCGAGCCUAACGUCCUGCGCAAGAUCGAUCUGACCACCGCUUUACAAUACGGCACGGCGCAAGGUUACCCUCCCUUGUACGCCUUCAUCAGGUCAUUUGCGCAGAACAACUUGCAUCCCAAUGUGCCCUAUCAGGGAGGGGUUGAGGUCAUAUUAACCUGCGGAUCGACAGAUGGUUUCUCCAAAGCCAUCGAGUGCUUCAGCAAUAUCUGGGACGAGGAAAGAGACUGGAUUCGAGAAAGAGAGGGUCUUUUGUGCGAAGAGUUUGCCUACAUGAACGCCAUCCAGACUGCUACACCUCGUGGUCUCAAUGUCGUUCCCGUGGCCAUUGAUGACGAGGGAAUGCUUGCAUAUGGCAAAGGCGGGCUUGAAGACAUCAUGGAAAACUGGGACAAGAACAGAGGGAAGCGGCCUCAUUUGAUGUAUACCGUCACCAUGGGCCAGAACCCCACCUCAGGCCUUCUCUCCGUCAAGAGACGGAAGGAGAUCUACGGAUUGUGUCAGAAGUACGACAUUAUAAUCAUUGAAGAUGAUCCGUACUGGUACCUACAAUUCCCCUCUGCCAACGAACUCUCGAUCAAAGCACGCGGUAAGGCUGUCUCCGAGAAUUAUCCUGCCACAGCAACACACAACUACAAUACCUCGUUGGGCGGCAAAUCAAGUGGCUUUCCGUUCUUGGACAGUCUCGUGCCCUCCUACUUGUCACUCGACGUGGACGGCAGAGUAGUGAGACUGGAUACUUUCAGCAAGACUGUAGCCCCCGGCUGUCGCCUGGGCUGGAUUACUGCGCAACCUGCCGUGUGUGAGCGCCUGCAACGGAUCACCGAGACAAGCACCCAGCAGCCCUCUGGAUUUGUCCAGAGCCUGAUCGCUGAAUUGAUCAUAGGUCCCUCUUCCAAGGGUGAUCCUGGAAAGGGCGGCGGUAAUGAUGGCAGUGGUUGGAAGGUUGAUGGCUGGAUACGAUGGCUUGAGGGUCUUCGAGGCAACUACGGACGCCGCAUGCAAGCGAUGAGUAAUAUUCUCGAAGAGGGGAAAUUCCUUAUUCAUGACUCAAGCCGACCUUCCGCUGCGUUGGACGAAGAAUCUGAGUACCAAAUGUUGCACAAAACCCAGAUGUAUGACUUUGCUUAUCCGAUGGCGGGAAUGUUUCUCUGGAUGCGGGCACACUACGAGACACACCCUCUGUACGGCAAAGUCGACAGUCAGCGACUUGCCCAAGCUUUGUGGGUUUUCAUGACGACGGAUGACUAUCUGGUCCUCUUGAGUCCUGGGACGCUCUUCUGUCCCACGGAAGAAAUUGCUGAAAAUAAAGGCUGGCAAUACUUCCGACUUUGCUUUGCCGCAAUCGACGAAGACGUUCUGAAGGAAAAGAGCAAAGCAGUGGUGGACUCAUUCACCGACUUCUGGGCCAUCGACGAUGUCAAGACGAUUGACAAAUUGCUGGAGGAUGAUGAGGCAAUCCAAGCCAGAAUUGCCCAACUUUCGACGUCUAAUCAGGUGAGUUUGACCAUUCAUGUGGAAGCGAACGGGAUUGACUUGACUGCUCAGGGAUUAUACGCCAUCAACCCUGCUAUGUGUUAG